AUGUCUGCUGAGAAAGCUGGACUUCCGGGUUCGCAUCCCGUCACGAUGCCCACGAGAAAUUUCUCGAUGUCAUCUGCGGCUUCGGAUGAUGCUGUCCCAACCACGGAUCCUAAGGAUACUUCAUCUCUUCUAGAAGAGCGUCUGCGAGCUUGGAAGCAUGCUGUUGGCUACCUCGAGGAUUAUGUUUCGGCGACAGAGAAGGUCCAGAAGGCUCAUGCAAAGGAGUACGAGAAGGUUUUGAAGACUAUUCAAAACCCUUUGAAAGAAGGACACCACUUUGACCAAAGCUUGGGAGGUAUCGCAGGACUGUUCGAAAACAUGCGAGUAAACACGCAAGGCUUAGCCAAUACACACCUCGAAACCGAGAAAAACCUCAAAGGUUCCGUUCUACCUAUCCUCGACCGAUUGCACAAGGAGAUCAAGAACAAGUCGAAGGAACUAGCAUCAGGAGCUUCCAAGGGAGCCAAGGAGGUUGAGAAGGCACGAAACACAACUCAGAAGCACAUUGAGCUUCUCGGCCAACACACUGCCGGAUUCGGCUCAACUGGGGGAAAGAUGAGCGCCCACGAUGAUCCAUAUGUCGUUCACCGCGGAGUCGUCCAUCGAUUGGGCAAGCAGGUCAUGGAGGAGAACAACAAUAGACAUGACCUGAUCUCUGUCCAACAGAACUUCCAAACGUUUGAGGUCCACAUUAUUGAGGUCAUCCAACAGGCCAUGGCUUCCUUCCAACAAUUUGUUGGUGGCCAGGCCCAAAAGGUCGAACAGCUGUACGCAGAUAUGCUGGCAAAUGCCCAACAGGUCCCUCCUGAUAUGGAAUGGAAGGGGUUCGUUGAUCGAAACGGUAGCCUUUUGAUUGACCCUAACUCCCCUGAACGUACAGUUGAAGGCAUUUCGUUCCCCAACAUGGACCACAAGUCGACCAAGCCACUCAUCGAGGGUACUCUUGAGAGAAAGUCCCGCAACAAGCUAAGCUUCAGCGGUUACUCCUCCGGAUACUAUGUUGUCACUCCUUCGAAGUAUCUGCACGAGUUCAAGGACAAUGACAAUAUUAAGAGAGAUCCACAACCCGAGAUGUCGAUCUACCUCCCAGACGCAGUUAUCGGCGCGACCAACGGCGAGAAGUUCAACGUGAAGGGGAAGGAUGUGAGCAAGGGCAUCAGUUCCAAGCUCUCCGGAAGUUCAGAAAUCCAUUUCAAGGCCCAUACUGCAUCUGACGCAGAGAAAUGGUUCGAGGUGAUUCGCUCAGUCGCUGGUUCUGCUCCUGCCAUGAGCGAGCCUACCAGCCCAGUAUCCCCAGUCGAUACGAAGCAUGUAUCUCAGCCUCCUCAGUACGCAGAGAACACUGCUGCUUCACCUGUGGCUGCUGAGAAGCAACCUGCUCCUCUGCAGACCCAUGGUGUCACUGGAGGAGAGACCGUUGCUAGCCCAGUAGCCGCAACACCAACAACUGCUGCAACCGACCACGCCAUCCCUACAACAGGCACUGCAGUUGACGCGGACAAGGUCUAA